GGUACGGGCGACUGACGGGCGGGCGCUUUGCUGUUUGAAUGGCUACGGGCCCUGGCCCUCACCUCACCUGAGGACCAGCUGUCCAGGGGUGCGCUAUGCCGUCUGGUGGCGACCAGUCGCCGCCGCCCCCUCCUCCUCCUCCAGUUGCUGCAGGCUCUGAUGAAGAGGAGGAGGACGACGGUGAGGCAGAGGACGCCGCGCAGCCGGCUGAGUCGCCAACCCCUCAGAUCCAGCAGCGGUUCGACGAGCUGUGUAGCCGCCUCAACAUGGAUGAGGCGGCGCGGGCCGAGGCCUGGGACAGCUACCGGAGCAUGAGCGAGAGCUACACUCUGGAGGGAAAUGAUCUUCACUGGUUAGCAUGUGCCUUAUAUGUGGCUUGCAGAAAAUCUGUUCCAACUGUAAGCAAAGGGAUUGUUGAAGGAAAUUAUGUAUCUUUAACAAGAAUCCUGCGCUGUUCAGAGCAGAGCUUAAUUGAAUUUUUUAACAAGAUGAAGAAAUGGGAAGACAUGGCAAAUCUACCCCCACAUUUCAGAGAACGUACUGAGAGAUUAGAAAGAAACUUCACUGUUUCUGCUGUAAUUUUUAAGAAAUAUGAACCUAUUUUUCAAGACAUUUUUAAAUAUCCCCAAGAGGAACAACCUCGUCAACAGAGAGGAAGAAAACAGAGGCGACAGCCCUGUACCGUGUCUGAAAUUUUCCAUUUUUGUUGGGUGCUUUUUAUAUAUGCAAAAGGUAAUUUCCCCAUGAUUAGUGAUGAUUUGGUCAAUUCUUAUCACCUUCUUCUGUGUGCUUUGGACUUAGUUUAUGGAAAUGCCCUUCAGUGCUCUAAUCGUAAAGAACUAGUGAAUCCUAAUUUUAAAGGCCUAUGUGAAGAUUUUCACACUAAGGAUUUUAAACCUUCUUCUGACCCACCUUGUGUCAUUGAGAAACUCUGUUCCCUACAUGAUGGUCUUGUUUUGGAAGCAAAGGGAAUAAAGGAACAUUUCUGGAAGCCCUAUAUUAGGAAACUUUAUGAGAAAAAGCUCCUCAAGGGAAAAGAAGAAAAUCUUACAGGGUUUCUGGAACCUGGAAAUUUUGGAGAGAGUUUUAAAGCCAUCAAUAAGGCCUAUGAGGAGUAUGUUUUAUCUGUUGGGAAUUUAGAUGAAAGAAUAUUUCUUGGAGAGGAUGCUGAAGAGGAAAUUGGGACUCUCUCAAGGUGCUUGAACUCUGGUUCAGGAACAGAGAGUGCUGAAAGAGUACAGAUGAAAAACAUUUUGCAGCAGCAUUUUGACAAGUCUAAAGCACUUAGAAUCUCCACACCACUCACUGGUGUGAGGUACAUUAAGGAGAACAGCCCUUGUGUGACUCCCAUUUCUACAGCUACACAUAGCUUGAGUCGUCUUCACACCAUGCUGACGGGCCUCAGGAAUGCACCAAGUGAGAAAUUGGAACAGAUUCUCAGGACAUGUUCCAGAGAUCCAACCCAGGCUAUUGCUAACAGAUUAAAAGAAAUGUAUGAAAUAUAUUCUCAGCAUUCCCAGCCAGAUGAGGAUUUCAGUAAUUGUGCUAAAGAAAUUGCCAGCAAACAUUUUCGUUUUGCAGAGAUGCUUUACUAUAAAGUAUUAGAAUCUGUUAUUGAGCAGGAACAAAAAAGACUUGGAGACAUGGAUUUAUCUGGUGUUCUGGAACAAGAUGCAUUCCAUAGAUCACUCUUAGCUUGCUGCCUUGAGGUUGUCACUUUUUCUUAUAAGCCUCCUGGGAACUUUCCUUUCAUUACCGAAAUAUUUGAUGUACCACUUUAUCAUUUUUAUAAGGUAAUAGAAGUAUUCAUUAGAGCAGAAGAUGGCCUUUGUAGAGAGGUGGUAAAACACCUUAAUCAGAUUGAAGAACAGAUCUUAGAUCAUUUGGCAUGGAAACCAGAGUCUCCACUCUGGGAUAGAAUUAGAGACAAUGAAAACAGAGUUCCUACAUGUGAAGAGGUCAUGCCACCUCAGAACCUGGAAAGAGCAGAUGAAAUUUGUAUUACUGCCUCCCCUUUGACUCCUAGAAGGGUGAGUGAAGUUCGUGCUGAUACUGGAGGGCUCGGAAGAAGCAUGACAUCUCCAACUUCAUUAUAUGAUAGGUACAGCUCCCCAACAGCCAGUACUACUAGAAGGCGGCUGUUUGCUGAGAAUGAUAGCCCCUCUGAUGGAGGGACACCUGGGCGCAUUCCCUCACAGCCCCUAGUCAAUGCUGUACCGGUACAGAAUGUAUCUGGGGAGGCUGUUUCUGUCACACCAGUUCCUGGACAGACUUUAGUCACCAUGGCAACUGCCACUGUCACGGCCAACAAUGGACAGACAGUGACCAUUCCUGUACAAGGUAUUGCCAAUGAAAAUGGAGGGAUAACAUUCUUCCCAGUCCAAGUCAAUGUUGGGGGACAGGCACAGGCUGUGACUGGCUCCAUUCAGCCCCUCAGUGCUCAGGCCCUCACUGGAAGUCUGAGCUCUCAACAGGUGACAGGAACAACUUUGCAAGUCCCUGGUCAAGUGGCCAUCCAACAGAUUUCCCCUGGUGGACAACAGCAGAAACAAGGCCAGCCUUUAACGAGCAGCAAUGUUAGACCUAGGAAGACCAGCUCAUUAUCGCUUUUCUUUAGAAAGGUAUACCACUUAGCAGGUGUCCGCCUUCGGGAUCUUUGUGCUAAACUAGAUAUUUCAGAUGAACUGAGGAAAAAAAUUUGGACCUGCUUUGAAUUCUCCAUAAUUCAGUGUACAGAACUUAUGAUGGACAGACAUCUGGACCAGUUAUUAAUGUGUGCCAUUUAUGUGAUGGCAAAGGUCACAAAAGAAGACAAGUCCUUCCAGAAUAUCAUGCGUUGUUACAGGACUCAGCCACAGGCCAGAAGUCAGGUGUAUAGAAGUGUUUUGAUAAAAGGGAAAAGAAAAAGAAGAAAUUCUGGCAGCAGUGAAAGUAGAAGCCAUCAGAAUUCUCCUACAGAACUAAACAAAGAUAGAACCAGUAGAGACUCCAGUCCUGUCAUGAGGUCAAGCAGCACCUUGCCAGUUCCACAGCCUAGCAGUGCCCCUCCUACACCAACUCGUCUCACAGGUGCCAACAGUGACAUGGAAGAGGAGGAGAGGGGAGACCUCAUUCAGUUCUACAACAACAUCUACAUAAAACAAAUUAAGACAUUUGCCAUGAAGUACUCACAGGCAAACAUAAUGGAUGCACCUCCACUCUCUCCCUAUCCAUUUGUCAGAACAGGCUCCCCUCGCCGAAUUCAGUUGUCUCAAAAUCAUCCUGUCUACAUUUCCCCACAUAAAAAUGAAUCGAUGCUUUCACCCCGAGAAAAGAUUUUUUACUACUUCAGCAACAGUCCGUCAAAGAGACUGAGAGAAAUUAACAGUAUGAUACGGACAGGAGAAACUCCAACUAAAAAGAGAGGGAUUCUUUUGGAAGAUGGAAGUGAAUCACCUGCAAAAAGAAUCUGCCCAGAAAAUCAUUCUGCCUUAUUACGCCGUCUCCAAGAUGUAGCUAAUGACCGAGGUUCCCACUGAGGUGUCCCCUUUGAAGCUCAAGAAUUUCUUUCCCAGAAGCUCCCAGAAGAAAUGUCCACAUGUGUCAAUGACCAGAAAUGCAUCACUGGGUCUCUGCAUACCACUGAAGCAUCCAAAGGCCGAGGGAACAAGUCUGUCGUGGUGACUUGAGCUAAUCGAGAUUUACUCUGGAACCCCGGACAGAUGUGAUUCAAUUUGUAUUUUGAAAACAUCACUUUCUUGGAGAACAGAUUGAAGGGGCGGGAGUGUUCAGGCAAGAGAUGAUUACAGGAGUGAGAGGGUAGAGAUGGAGAACUGACCGUGUCCCAGAGAUAUUUAAGAGAUAAAGAGGACAGACCUUGCUCAUGGAUCAGAUGUGUGGAUAGCGGAAUGAAGAAGGGGAUAUCAUGGAUGAUGCCGAGAUGUUUGGGUUGAGCUGCUGGAUGAAAAGUGAAGCCAUCUGGUGAGAUGAGAAAGGCAGAACCAUAAGUAGGUUGGAGAGGGUGGGAAACAGGAAGAACAUGAGUUCUGUAUGGGGUGGGUACUGUGGACACUAAAGGUUAGGUACCUGGGGCUGGGAUUGUGGCUCAUCGGUAGAGCGCUUGCCUAGCAAGGGCAGGACCCGGGUUCGAUUCUCAGCACCACAUAAAAAUAAAGGCAUUGUGUUGUGUCCAUCUACACCUAAAAAAUAAAUUAAAAAAAAAGGUUUGUGUACCUGUUAUGGAUUAGCUUUUAAGUAUCCCCCAGAAGCUCACAUAUGAGACAAUACAAGAAGGUUUAGAGGUAAAAUGAUAGGGUUAUGAAUAAUCAGAGUUAACCCACUACCAGGGAUUAACUGGAUGGUAACUGUAGGCAGGUGGGGUGUGGCUGGAGGAGGCAGGUCAUGGGGGGUUGGCUUUGGGCUUUACAUUUUGUCUGUGGUGAGGGGGUCUUUCUCUCCUCCUCCCUCCUCCCCUCCCUCUCUCCUAGUGACACUUUCCUACCCGCCUUCUUCUGCCACACCCUUCUGCCUCACCUUAGCUCACAGCAAUGGACUCUAAGGAACAUCACCUCUGAAACCGUGAGCCAAAUAAACUUUUCUAAAAUUGGCAAAGACCAAACUCCUCACCGUGGCUGGAGUCCUGUCCCACUGCCCCAGGUUCCAGCCACUCCAGCAUCCCUUCAGUCCUUGGACGUGUCAAGUUUUCCCCUCCUACCCCACAAGAUGGAGUCUUUGCUUGGAUCCUUCUCUCCUCCCCCCUCAGCUCACACACAACUUCAGGGAAAUGUGCUGUUGCUCUGGGGGAUGACUCGACUGGUGUCCAUCUAUCUCCCACACCGUCCUUUAAGCUUGUGAGGGGGAACCAUAUCUGUUUGGCCCUCCAUUUGCUGAGGGCCAUUGCCAAGUAGGAAUGACACAUCGAAAUUUCCUUGCCAGCGUACCCCAUGUUAAAUGGACUUGCCUUGGACAUUGCAUGGGUCUUUGAGAAAGGUGACCCUGCUCAAGGACCAGGGUGGAUCCAGGAUUAGAGUGUAUCCUGCAGGUUUUAGGAAGUAUCUGGGUUUAAGAUAAUUUGGGUUUAAGGUGUUCCCUGUUUAAGACUAUGUGGUUUUAGGGAAGUUUGAGGUUUAAGUUUAUUGCUGCUGGGAAUAGGGCGUUCCUGCUGCCUGAGUUCCCGCUGAGUUCUCGUGGAAUAGAAAGAUUUGGGACGUGAAUU